CCCCCCGGCCCGCCGCAGCUCUGGGCGCAGCGCGCGGGCUGCGCGGCCGCGGGUGUUCUGCGUGCACCGGACCCGUGGCGAGCCAGGCUCCCAGAGCCGCGUACUACGAAGAGGCCGGAGCCCGGGUAGGAAGAAUGGAGUUGGCGUCUCGCUCCCAGGUCCCUAAAGAAGUGGCUGACAUCUUUAACGCCCCCAGUGAUGAUGAAGAGUUUGUUGGUUUCCGAGAUGAUGUUCCCAUGGAAACCCUCUCAUCAGAGGAGAGCUGUGAUAGUUUUGACUCACUGGAGUCAGGGAAACAGCAAGAUGUACGUUUCCAUUCCAAAUACUUCUCGGAAGAGCUAAGAAGAAUUUUUAUAGAGGACACUGACUCAGAGACGGAAGAAUUUGAAGGAUUUACGCAGAAUGACCUGAAUGAAAGUAGUAACCCAGAGGUCAUGCUUGUGGAGUCAGAUCUGAGUGAUGCGGGUAAGACGUCUUCAGUGAGUGAGGAAGAGGAGGAGGACGAAGGAGCAAAGGCUACACCUAGAAGAAGGAGGCCCAGGAGGAGCAGUAUCGGUCUUCGAGUAGCCUUUCAGUUCCCCACCAAGAAACUGGCAAAAAAGUCAGACGACAAUUCUUCGGAGCCGCCGUUUUCUAGCACACGCUUACAGGACAGUAAAAAAGCCAUUCUUGGAAGAAAGAGAAGCUGCAGACAGGGGAAGCAAAGAGAGGAUUCGGUCUCGGAGUCCGAGGACGAGUCCAGGGAUGAGGGCCAGGAGGGCUCGGAUGCUCUGCUGAAGAGGACCAUGAACAUCAGGGAGAACAAAGCCAUGCUCGCUCAGCUACUGGCGGAACUGAACUCUAUGCCAGAUCUCUUCCCAGUACGAACCCCGAACUCCGCUUCUAAGAAGAGGGCCUCGAGGCGGGCGUUCUCUGAGGGACAGGUCACCCGGCGCACCAACCCGGCCCGGAGCGCACGGCCUCCCGAGAAGUUUGCCCUGGAGAACUUCACCGUCUCAGCAGCCAAAUUUGCGGAAGAGUUCUACAGUUUCAGGAGAAGGAAGACGAUGAGUGGGGUAUUUUCUGAGCACCACAAACAGGGGAAAUGCCAGGGGUACAGACGGCGUCACCGAAUAUCUUCUUUUCGGCCAGUGGAAGAUAUCACUGAAGAGGACUUAGAAAAUGUUGCCAUAACUGUUCGAGAUAAAAUCUAUGAUAAAGUUCUGGGCAACACCUGCCACCAGUGUAGGCAGAAGACCAUCGACACCAAGACCGUGUGUCGGAACCAGAGCUGCGGCGGGGUGCGAGGACAGUUCUGCGGGCCGUGCCUGAGGAAUCGCUACGGGGAGGAUGUGAGAUCGGCGCUGCUGGACCCGGACUGGGUGUGCCCUCCCUGCCGCGGGAUCUGCAACUGCAGCUACUGUCGGAAGCGGGACGGCCGCUGUGCCACGGGGAUCCUCAUCCACCUGGCCAAGUUCUACGGCUACAAUAACGUUAAGGAAUACCUGGAGAGCUUACAGAAGCAGCUGGUGGAAGACAAUUAAGAGAAGAGCCAGCCCGCUCACCGUAGAGCACGCCGGCCGGCCCUGCCAUGCCACUUGUGCCUAAGAUUUCUUACCAUUGCGUUUUUAUACAGAAAUUCUUUGUAGACCUAAAUGCUAUUUUUUUUUAAGAUUGUCUAAAAAGAUUUCUCAGGAAGACGGCACAGCAGAGGAAACUCUAUACAUGUAUCUGCAGGCCCCUACAUAUAUUGAAUUGUUUAAAAGCACCUGUUUACGAUGGAAA